UUUUUUCCCCACAGCCAGCACCUUGGUUCAGGCCUUACCCUUUCUUGUCUGUCCCAGGGUUAUAGCCUUCCUGCCUGUCCCUGGACCCAUAGAAUCCACUGCUUUGAUGACUAGUCUAUUUCCAAGAGGCUAUCUAUAUUCAUUACACUUGGGACUGGGGCAUAUGGAACUGGGUAGAAGAACCAGCUGUGCAGUAUCCUCACCCUUCCCUCAGAGACCGAAUCAGUAAAAUGGCGGGUGGACUCGGGGACGCCCGAAGACUUUUCUGGACCACGAUUUUCCGAUGCUGGACACAUAUUUAAACACCAAGGAAUCGACUUGAGACUUUUAAGAGCAAACUUGGGUGGAAAUGGACAGAAAGUGCCUCCCUGUCCACUUGCAGAGGAUUAUAUCGCCCUAUCAGACAGGCGGUUGCUUCAAACAGGCGCCCUCCAAGGGCGUAAACUAGAGGGGCCCCGGCAGGCGGCUUCCCGGACUUAGACCCUCCUACCGCGCGGGUAGAGGAAGUCCUUCAGUUCAGGCACAAACCCUGGGCGCCCCCCACCGUCUUCGACUCCGGCGCCAGUCAGGUUGUGGGGUGGGGGCGGCGGAGAGCGCAGGCGCAGAGUCCGCGCCGGCGGCGCCCCUCUCGCUCCGCACCCCUCCGGGCAGCGCCAGCCUAGCUUUUCCCCGGAGAGCGCACGCCCCUCGGUCGCCUCCCGGGUUCCGAGCGCACCUUCCUCGCCUCGACACGCAGGUGGCCAGAGUGGAGCAGGCCCGACACCAAAACCUUUUGCAGAUGGGUUGAGGCUGGUUUCCGGAACAUAACAUGAAAGCAAAUAUGGCUUGCCUUGGAGAAUUGAUUAUCUGAAGAAAUGGAUACAUCUCCUUCCAAAAAAUAUCCAGUUAAAAAACGGGUGAAAAUACAUCCCAACACAGUGAUGGUGAAAUAUACUUCUCAUUAUCCCCAGCCUGGGGAUGAUGGAUAUGAAGAAAUCAAUGAAGACUAUGGAAAUUUUAUGGAAGAAAAUCCAAAGAAAGGUCUGCUGAGUGAAAUGAAAAGAAAAGGAAGAACUUUCUUUGGAACCAUGGAUACCCUGCCUCCACCAACAGAAGACCCAAUGGUCAAUGAGAUUGGACAGUUCCAGAGCUUUGCAGAAAAAAAUAUUUUUCAAUCCCAAAAAAUGUGGAUAGUGCUGUUUGGAUCUGCUUUGGCUCAUGGAUGUGUAGCUCUUAUCACUAGGCUUGUUUCUGAUCGUUCUAAAGUUCCAUCUCUAGAACUGAUUUUUAUCCGUUCUGUUUUGCAGGUCUUAUCUGUGUUAGUUGUGUGUUACUAUCAGGAGGACCCCUUUGGACCCAGUGGAUACAGAUUACGACUCUUCUUUUAUGGUGUAUGCAAUGUCAUUUCUAUCACCUGUGCUUAUACAUCAUUUUCAAUAGUUCCUCCCAGCAACGGGACCACUAUGUGGAGAGCCACAACCACAGUCUUCAGUGCCAUUUUAGCUUUUCUACUUGUAGAUGAGAAAAUGGCUUAUGUAGACAUGGCUACAGUUGUUUGCAGCAUCUUAGGUGUUUGUCUUGUCAUGAUCCCCAACAUUGUUGAUGAAGACAAUUCUUUGUUAAAUGCCUGGAAAGAAGCCUUUGGGUACACCAUGACUGUGAUGGCUGGACUGACUACUGCUCUUUCUAUGAUAGUUUAUAGAUCCAUCAGAGAGAAGAUCAGCAUGUGGACUGCACUGUUUACCUUUGGUUGGACUGGGACAAUUUGGGGAAUAUCUUCUAUGUUUGUUCUUCAAGAACCCAUCAUUCCAUUAGAUGGAGAAACUUGGAGUUAUCUCAUUGCUAUAUGUGUCUGUUCUACUGCUGCAUUCUUAGGAGUGUAUUAUGCCUUGGACAAAUUCCAUCCAGCUUUGGUUAGCACAGUACAACAUUUGGAGAUUGUGGUAGCAAUGGUCUUGCAGCUUCUCGUGCUGCACAUAUUUCCUAGUGUCUAUGAUGUUUUUGGAGGGGUAAUCAUUAUGAUUAGUGUUUUUGUCCUUGCUGGCUAUAAACUUUACUGGAGAAAUUUAAGAAGGCAGGACUACCAGGAAAUAUUAGAUUCUCCCAUUAAAUGAAUACCUGAUUAUUAUCAUCUAAUUAAUGUUCAGUUAUUAAUAUGUAUACUGCCAUUUAAAUGUUUACCUGUUAAUGUCUUUUGUGUUAUAUAACUGAGAGUGCUAUAUAAUAUAUAUAGAAAUGCAGAAAAGUUAUUCUAGUCUAAUAUAUUCAAAUACAAAUAUUAAAUAGAUGAAAUAUGUCAUGAA